UCUACUGUCUAUCUGUCAUCAAAUUCAAUCAAUUGCAAUUUUCAUAUUUCCUCAAUGUUUUCAAUUUUGAUUCUCAGUAUUUUGCCAAAAUAUCUUACACUUAAAGUAAUGUGAUGUAAACAAAGUAAACAGUUCACCCAAUUACAAAAAAAAUGGAUGUUAUACAUCAAUCUCUGAGUCUGCAAACUUUACAAAGCACGAUUGAAGAUCUACCAGAUGAAGUCUUAGAAUUUAUUUUAGGGUUUCUGCCACCUUACAAAGAUUUACAGAACUGUAUGAUAGUUUGCAAACGAUGGUACAAUUGCUCUCAAAAUGUCUUACACAAAACAUCAAUAAAAUUGGUAAAAGCUGUGGGCGAAUUUAAUAUAUUAUGGAAAAAUGUUGCUGCAACUGAUAUGGUACCCACUAUUACUAAAAGAUUUUCACAUGCAGCAUGUGUCCUAGAGAACAAUAUGUACAUAUUUGGUGGUUGUACCACUAAUGCAACAUCGUUCAAUGACCUCUGGAAGUUUGAUUUGUCUAUUAGGCAGUGGGUAAGACCCUUAGCCACAGGCACAUAUCCUGUUCCAAAGGCAUAUACAUCAAUGGUUCAUUAUAAAGACUGUUUAAUUGUAUUUGGUGGUUGGACGUAUCCUUCACUUUCUCAAUACUAUCAAAAUGUUACUAUGUUUAAUGAAAUUCACUUUUACUGUGUGAAUACAAAUAAAUGGGUUUUAAUAAAUGCCACAAAUAGCCCUCCACCCAUGGCAGGACAUUCUGCCUGCAUGAGAGGCGAUCAGAUGGUUGUGUUUGGUGGGCUGGUUAUGUCAGCUGAUCAGAAUUAUCAAAUUCAAUGUUCUAAUGAUGUGUGGGUGCUUGAUGUACCAACACUCACAUGGAGGAAGCAAGCCACAACCAAGCCAAGACCACCACCAAGAUAUGCACAAUCUUUAAUCUGUCUGGACUCUGAUAGAUUGAUGCUUUUAGGAGGGGUUCAGACACUGCGUAACCGCUUUGUGUAUAGUGACUGCUGGAUACUGACUAUGAAAGGUCCAACAUGGACAUGGAAGGAAUUAGCAGUCAAAAACAAAGAGUGGGCAUCAGCUAACAUUUGGUGCAACCCUGCAUGUAGGGUUGGCGAUAAGGUUGUGAGUUUAAGUAGAAGUAGAAAUGGCUGGAAUAGUGCUAAACCUUUAGUCACUUCAGCAGUCAGGUUAUCAGCUCUAAGCAGACCUGAGGGUGCACCUGUGUCGGUUAGAGUUGAACAAAGUUUACAAAGGCCUUUGGAUAGAGAUCAAAAUAUAAAUGGUAGGAGAGGUGUACUUCCUAGGAGACCUUUGAAUCCUCCAAGGCAAGAACAAGUGAAUCCAAUCAAUGAACCAGUUGCUGGUCCAAGUAAUGAGCAUGAAAGACCACAAAACCCAUUAGGUAAUGAGAAUAAUUCAGAUCAAAAUGGGCUACUGGCAGGAACUAGCUCAGAAGGAAAACAAAACAAUGGCCUAGAUGCUGGUAAAAAGGAUUUGGCAAUGAGAAGAAAUAAAAAUAAGAAUAAAGGAAUGAAAAUAGUAAGGCAAUUGCAAGAAGCAAACAAAUACAGGAUGGCUGCAUUUGCUUGUGAUACAUCCCAAAAUAAUACUGCGCCAGAAAAUGAUCUCAUAAAUCAAAGACAAAUAGCUCAUUUAGAAAAUAGAAGAGACCCUAUGCCUUCUCCACCAAACCCUCAAGCAAGGCAGCCGGCAGUGAAGAAAGUUAAACGGAACACUUUAACAAUGCAUGUAUUAGAUAUUUCUACUGUUGUAAAUGGAAAUUCGUUGAACUAUGUGGCAUGGCUAUGUCCUCGUUUGGGAGAAAUGACUGGAGCUCCAGAAGAAUUAGUUAUGUAUUCAUUAGUUAAAGGGAAUGGGGAACUAAUUAUGUUUGGUGGUGUUCACAAUGAUAUCAGUAUUUUAAAUUACUCUGAACAUCAGAACAUGUACUCAAAUUCCUUGCAUUUCAUUACACCUCCAAGAGAUAUCAUUUAAAAUAUUCUUCAAGUUGGGGUUGUCCAAAUAAGAGCUUUACAACCAAUUGCAAAUUGGGAAAGGUUUCAGAUUUUUUACAUGACAAUGCUUUUUUUCAUGAUUUCCUACAUUUUUUUGAAUUCUAUGAGUAACCUUUACAAAAGUCAAAUAUCCUUCAAUACCCAGUGGCAAUAAACCUUUAGUUAACUAGUAGCUUUAAGUCCCCUUGCACAAUAGUUUGAGUAGACCUGAAACUGAAAAUUAGUUACAGAUUGUGGUUAGGACAACCCUGAUAUAAAUGAUAGCUUUGGCUUUGCCUUCCCUCUUUCAUUUAUCUAUAUUUCCUUAGUUGUUUACAAUUAUUAAUUUAUAACUGCUGUCUCUCUGACACAUUGUUAAUAAGUUUAAUAAAUUGUUCAGUUGA